UAACAAAAAUCUUUUUUCUUCAAUGUCCCAAAGACCACCUGUCCCAUAAAGUAAUAUUUCCAUAUCAAUUGUUAGAUCAAGCCCCUCAACCAUAAUAAUUCUAACCAGCUCCAUAAUAUGCUCCAUAAUAUGCUCCACAAUAUGCUCCAACAUAUGCCCCUACUUAUGCCCCAACAUAUGCUCCACAAUAUGCUCCUGCUCCUAUUGCACCACUAACAUACAGUGUUGCCAGACCUGUUGCUCCAGUCGUCGCUCAACCAGUCGUUGCUCAACCAGUCGUUGCUCAACCAGUCGUUGCUUAACCAGUUGUUGCUCAACCAGUUUUGUAGUAAUCAGUAAUUGCUCAACCAGUUGUUUAAUAACCAGUCCAUGUAAGAUUAAUAAAAUCUAAAAUUUAAGGCAACAAUUAAAGGAGAAUCAAGAAUUGAAUAUAUUCCCUAUCAAAAGGCUGUUAUGGAAUACGAAGAAUAAGAAGUUGUUUAAUACGUUCCAAGAGAAAGAAAAGUCACAGAUUAUUAUGCAGUUGAAUAUUAGACCGAAUAUGUCCCAUAAGUCUUCUAAGAAAAAUAUACAGGUAUCAUCAAUAUACAAAUAUCUAGAAUACGUACCAGUUGAUAGAUAUUAAGAAAGAGUUGAAUAUUAUCCAGUUGAAAGAUAAGUUGUUCAUGUAUAUAAUAAUAUCAUACUUUAGCAAUAAGUUUAACCAGUUGUCCAAUAAGUUGUCUAACAACCAGUUGUUUAAUAAGUUGUCUAACAACCAGUUGUCUAACAAGUCGUUCCUCAACCAGUUGUUCAACAAGUUGUUUAAUAACCUCUCAGUGUUGUUUAACCAGUUUAAACUGUACCAUUGACCUAUGCACCAUAAUAUGCUGCCCCAAUUGUCUCAUCAAGAGUUAUUCCAUCAUACCCAUAAUAUCCAUCAUAUCCUUAAUAUCAAUAGGCUCCUUAAUAAUAAGCCUAGCCAUAAUAACCACCAAGAUCAAAUUUGAAUGUUCAUUGAAAUAAUAAGUGCACAUCAAUAAAUUAUAUUGUUAUUAUCAAAUAUCAAAAUA